AUGGCCGAAACAGCAGCUGUCGACUACACUCUGGCGAACCCAGAUACUAUCACCAAGUACAAGGUCGCCGCCGACAUCUCCCAGAAAGUCCUCAAGGAGGUCUCCGGAUGGAUCGCCGCUGAUGCCAGCAUUGUCGAGCUCUGUGAGCGCGGCGACAAGCUCCUAGACGAGGAGGUCGCCAAGGUCUACAAGGGCAAGAAGGUCCUCAAGGGCAUUGGACACUGCACCACCAUCUCGCCGAGCGCCUACAUCACCCCGUACACACCACUCAAGACCGAUGCCGAGGAAGCCGCCGUGACACUGAAGGAGGGAGAGGUUGUCAAGAUCCAGCUGGGUGCCCAGAUCGAUGGCUUCUGCGCGAUCGUUUGCGACAAUGUCAUUGUCGGAGCUGCCGACGAGGUCACCGGACGGGAGGCAGAUCUCAUUCUGGCUACACACUACGCGAACGAGCUUCUGCUGAGGUUGAUGGUACCCCCAGGCUUGGUUCCCCACGGCGACGAGGAGGAGCAAAAGAAGGCUGCGUCAAAGAAGGCCUACACCCAGAGCCAAAUGACCAACAUGCUUGAGAAGGUUGUCAAGGCGUAUGGCUGCAACCUCGUCGAGAGCACCACCAUCUGGCAAUUCGACCACAACGAGAUCGAGUCCAAGAAGAAGAUCAUUCUUGCGCCCGGCGAGGGUGUCAGAGGAGAGGGUCUCCCUGAGGUCGGCGAAGUGUGGGGUGUUGAGAUGGGUGUCAGUCUCGGAAGCGGCAAGGUCAAGAGCAACAGCAACAGGACCACUCUGCACCGACGUACAGCCACCACCUACCAGCUCAAGCGCCCUACCUCGCGAAGCCUGUUGUCUGAAGUUGUCAAGAAGUUCGGCACCUUCCCCUUCAGUCUGCGCCAGCUUGAGGACGAGAAGGCUGCCAAGGUUGGUGUCGUCGAAUGUGUCCGCACAGGUGUGCUCCGCCAGUACGAAGUUGUCGUUGACAAGGACAACCAGCCCGUAGCUAGGUUGUUCAGCACUGUUGCGAUCACCAAGAACGGCAUGCAGCGUCUGGCUCAACCCACUGCCAUCGACACCUCCAAGUACAAGUCUGACAAGAAGAUUGAGGACGAGGAGAUCCUCAAGAUUCUCGAACAGCCCAUUGGAAAGACUUCGACAAAGAAGAACAAGAAGAAGAAGAAGAAGCCCGCCAAGAAGGCCGCUGACGGCGGUGCUGCUCCUGCCGAAGAGGAGGAGAGUGACGACGAGGAGUAG